AUGAUUGCAGUUGCACCAAUUCCGGCUGAUCAUUCAGCAGCAUUUGCUUUCGAUUUAUCAAUUCAUUCACUCUACUUUUUUGACAAGGAUCAGGUAUUCCUGCUUUUCCCAUGCCUUCUCUCUCUCAAUUAUUCACUUUUUAAGGUGCUCCCACGCAGGAAUUUUCCUCUGAUAUUCUUCAAAAAUUGUUCAAAUGCAGUAAAUCGACAGCAUAAUGACGGAUCCAUCCACCGUUUUCUGAAUUCAGUUUCAGUGAAAUUUAUGACAGUGAUACCUCGUUUUGCAAUACUAAUCAUUGCAUCUGACUAUCUCAUAGUAUCAUAUCGACUCACAUCGACAUUCGAUCAGGAGUGCGAAUUUGUUAGAGUCUAUUUUCCAGUUUGCUUAAAAUACAUCUUGUCCUUUUAG